AUGGAUCAAGUUAAUAUUCCAGGAUUUGUCAAUUGUACACCAUCAUCAUUUCAAAAUAAAAUCUCGAAUGAAAUUGAUAACACAAAAAGUAAAUUAGAUUCUAAUGAAUCUAUCUCCAGUAGUAAAUUUUGGACCGAUUCUGAAACCAAAGCUUUGCUUUCUUUUCUUAGUGAUAAUUUUGGUUUAUAUCGUAAAAACAAAACAAAAUUUUAUGCUGCAGUUGCAAUUAAUAUCGGUAAUAAUAGAACUAGUAUGCAAGUUGAUUCAAAAAUUCAAUCUAAAUGGCCAUAUUUAGAUGAAAUGAAUGAAUUAUUCGGUAAUAGAGAAAAUGUGAAACCCGAUUAUUUGAUUUCUAGUAUUGAUGAUAAUAAGUUAAAAAAAUCUGGUUUAAAAUAA